UCCGCGGCUUCGUUUCGUCACGUCAGUGCGUCGCGCGUCGUCGCAGCGAGAGGAUCGUGUGAGCUCGCGUCCGAGAUUCUCUCUCGCGCGCGCGCGCGAGAGAACGUCGUGAAGUCGCGCGCGUUUCGCGGAAGGCCCGGCAGAAAUGUUGCGUCCAUCGCCGCGCUGACAUUCUCAGGAGCGAAGAGAGUUCUUCGUCGGAAUUCGGUGCUCGUUCGACGACCUCGGCGACGAGUCGUCAUCGAAAACAUCGCGAGGACUUUGCGCGCGAGCGCACAUGUUCGUUUAAAAGCGACGCGCGAUGAGUCGAUCGCGACGAUAAUCGGUUUUCGACUCGCGCGUCCGAGACGAGUCGUCUAGGACACGACAGAGGGAAAAACGGAGAAGGAAGGAACGAGGAGGAAGAGGGUAAAGGAGCGAGCAGCCGGGGAUUCACACACGCGCGAAACUAUGCGAUCAAAUUGACGACACGGUCGAGAGAAGCAAGGAAAGAAAGGGGGAGAGAGAGAAAGAGAGAGAGAGAAGAAAAAGAGCGGAGGAACGCGAGUCGCGGGCAGGAACGGCCGCGACCGGUUAAAGCCGCGCGAAGAUAUGCGCGAGAGGCGGAUCUGAGCGCGAGUCAUGGAAGACGCAACAGCAGCGGUGCAGGAUACCUGCUUCGGGGCGGGCAGCGUGGCCGGGGCUGUGAUCGGGACCUUUCUGACGACGAUCCUCCUCCUCGCCGUCGCCGCUCUCCUCUACAGGCAGUGGCGCAGACAUAAGGGUAAACACCUGGUGCUGGUGACGGACCCCGAGAUCGUCGAGGAUGCGUACGCCUUCGACAAUCCUUGCUUCAAGGACGCCACACCUACGACGAUUGGCCGCGUCACAGAGAGACCGGCGUCGGCCGUACUCGGGGACACACCUGCCAAGGAUUCCACGCGAUGGUCCACACCUUGGACAUCUCUGGGUCUCGGAUCGGCCAUUCGCAACGAUAAACGUCGAACCCUCGACGAUUCCUAUGUCGGACCCAAGGCCACUAGGGUCAGCGUGGUGGGUCUGCGGAGUCGUGACUUCACCGGCCUGGGCUUCAACGUCUGCGGCAACAUGAGAGAGGGCAUUUUCGUCAAGGACCUGCUGCAUCGCGGUCCCGCAUCCGAAUCCGGACGGAUACAUCCUGGCGAUCGCAUCUCCAGCGUAAAAAUCAGCUUCCGCAACAUGGUGUACGAGGACGCGCUGACGAUUCUUAGCUAUGCCUCGCCAUAUGACGUGGAGCUGGAGGUGGAGAGCGGCGGUACCGGUUCGAAGCCGACGACGUUGCUGAAGAAGAGCGUCGGUCCGAGCCCGACGAGGAUCUGUCAUCCUCUCUACAGGAGUCAAUCGAUCCCAGAGCUGACGCAGGCCCAUAAAAGCGUCGCGAAACGACUCUUUAUGGCCGAUCCGAACGAAUCCGUCGGUUCCAAUCACUCGACGAUGAACUCAACCCUCAAGUCGCCGAAAUCGACGCCGGGUAGCGGGCAGAGUCUCGAGAGACGUCACGACGAGACGACGAAGAAUAAUCAUCAUCACAAGUUUGGCAUCAAAGUGCUACCGGCGUUGGAUGGUACCGUGCACCGGAUCGAAAAUCAAAACGAGCACAAUACGAAUCUAGAGAGAAGGCAUUCGCGCAAGAUGGACGCGGAGAAACUGCUGACUUCUUCGAACAGACAGUCUGCGACGUCGACAGCGAGCGACGAACCGUUGGAAAUAACCGAUGAAAGGAAACUCUGUAACGAGGGUUUUCAGCAACGCGCAGAUCAGCCUGAUGGCAUCAUCUCGGCGAGAAUCACCGCCAACGUGUCGGACAAUAAAGCCGGCAAGAGAAAUGCCGAUGCUGGAGGAGGGAUCAACAUACCGUCAGAGGUGCCAACAGAAGUGCACAACGCAGCCAUGGCGGCUCGUAGGAAUCGGAAGAGCAGUUCGGAGCCGCUGAAUGCUCAAAAGAUUAGCAGCUCGUCGACAGACUCCGACAGUGCCAAGAGUCCGCAGAAGAACAAACGGAAGGCGCCGGCGCCACCGAGGAGCAAUAUCAGCGAGAUGCCACCGCUCGCGAAGAAGGACGCCAUCGAUACUAUCGACAGCAUCGCUGAUUAUUCAGAAUCGUUGUGCGAUUAUGUGAGCAAGGCGCGUGAGAACACGGACGCCCGGAGGCAUCGGUUGGAGAACCAGCCGACGAUGAACAGACGCAACUCCGAGUCGGAUACUGACAACGAGAUGCAGAACAGUUUUACGACAAUCGAGCUAAAUCCUGCGGACAUCACCAUUCAUCGCACGCCUGUACCAGAGGCGAACGAUGACGAUGAGGAUGACAUGUACAGAAAGGCGGCCAGUUUAGGCGAUCUAUCCAAGUAUGAAAACAGAACUGCAACGACUCUCGAGAGAGCGCAGAGCCUCGAUAUGAGCGCCGAUACCAGCGCGAAGAAGCGCAAGGCGCCGCUGCCGCCUGAAGACAUCAAUGAGUCCACGGAGGAUCUUACCAAACUCGACCAAAUUGACUCCUUCGAUCGACGAAAGUUGAAGAAGUCGAAUGAAUGGGGCACCCUAGAGGACGUGAUCUGGAGCGAAGCUGCUGAUGCGGACGAGAAGGCGCGCGGGAAAACGAGAAAGAAGAGCAAUGGCACUCUUGAACGCUCCAAGUCUGCGGUAGAGAUCAAGCUGAAGGACGAAGUUACUGAAACAACAGAUGAUGUAUCUGAAAAAAAGAAACUCGACAACAAUGAUCACGAUAUCGUCAGCAUCGAGUUGUACAAUUUACCAUUGAGUAAGCGACUGACCCAGGAAUUUAUUCAUAACGAACGGAUGUUCAAUCCAGACGAGGAUAAUUCUCUAGCUAGGAUCGUAAACGAUGGCCGGGUGGUGAAGAGCCCGACUCCGAGAGAAGUGGAGCUGGACUUUCAAUUGGCCGACGAGAAACGGUUCUCUGAAGAAAGCCAGCCUGAGGAGGAACUCUUCGAAAAUGAUACGGAGACUUCUGUAUCGGAAAAGUCAGGAGAUUUUAGUCGCGCUUUGCGCUACUUUGAAUUACACACGAAUGUCUCGCCAGUGGAGCCGACGACAAAGACAGUCAGUCUUACGCAGCUAAACGAGCGAAGAGAGGAAAAAGCGCCCUUUAACGCAUCAUUCUACGCCGGUAAGCAGCCGGUAGUAGAAGAGUCUAUCUCGAAAAUAACCGUAGACAGGGGUUGCCGUGGUUGCGAGGGUAGGCACAGUCAGCACAGCGUGGAUUGCGAACGCGAGAAACACGUCGACAAGCCACAUCGUGUGACUGUACGAUCGUUUUCAGAUGAUAAUAAAACGAUGACGACGAGAGAGAACAUGGAGAGAGAAAUAGAACGAGCGUGCACGCCGACGCAUCUGCGAAUUCAUGCGUCCAAAUCGGAACCGGCCAAGCACGAUAAAUCCCAGGAUCCAAGGGAAGAGGAGAUGCACACGGAGGGAAAGAACGGUACCUUUUCCACGUUCCAGGCGUACCGGACAAAAUUCGAGCAACGAGGCGAUAGGUAUUCGCCGAUCAAGUCGCCAACCGACUCUUCCUUCGAUACGCACUUUGCUAGACGCGUUAUUAAUGUCUCCAGUCGUGACGGAAAGGAUGAAGAAGAGGAAGAGGACGAGUACGAGUUCGGUUCAGGCAUGACGACGCACAGCAAGAGUCCAUCCUCGCCCAAGGAGGACCGUCACAACAUCAGCAGUGUCAGCGUGUCAAGCGGUGAGAACAGCGAGGACAGUGGUCUGGUUCGCGAGUCGAUAGACUACAACAAUCCACAGGAUUCGGAGAGUCGUCCGCCCUUGCCCGAUACACCCAUGCCGUUGAACGCAGCUCAUAAAAUGACCUACAUUACGGAAAUCAAAGUGUCGCCCAACAGGGAGGGCGUUCAAGAGACCGACAGUGAGAACGAGGACGGAAUAACCACGACAGGGACUAACGGCGAGUCGCGAAAAUCGCUGACACACGAGAUCAAGGUGACAUCGAACGGCAAACCCACGUCCGGUAAGAAACCGCCGGUACCGCCGAGACGAUCAGACAUUACGAGGAGCCCGAAAGAGGACCGGACGGACAAACAAGUGGUUUAUGUGUCCGAGUAUAAGUCCACGACGGGUAAGAGAGCCCAGAUCUUGGACUCGCAUCCAUCAGAAGUCAAACAGUUGGAGGGCAAGAAGCUCGAGCACUGGAUCUUGAUGGCUGACAAGGAGCAGAAUCGUUGGAACCCGGUUUCCAGUCAACCGCAGUCCGUUACAAACAUCAUGUUGUCAUCCAGGGACGAUGCAAACUAGAAUAAUCGUGAUCUUCGCUUUUCCCUUAGAAAUGCAAAGCGGAAUUAAGCAGUACUGCUCAUUUUAAGAAAGGCAUAUUUUAUUCAAAAAAUCACAAAUGAUAAAAUCUUUUCGUGUAUGAUGUUUCUUACGAAUAAUAUUGUACAAUAACUAUCAAUGUUGACGAACGAAUUUUUCGAGUUUCCUGAAAACUAAAGAUUUUAGAUUUAAUAAAUUCUUUUUGAAGAUAAUUCGAUCGAAAAUUUAAAUCGAAGAUUAAGAUUAAGUGUUGCACAUAAUGAUUUUUUGAGAUAAAUAAUUUAAUGUCUUUUUUAGUCAUUAAAAACUUCGUUCUUUUUUUUUAAUCCCAAAUUUUCAAUGUGAUUGAAAUGGAUAGCGAGAAACGUAUAUGAAUUAAGAAUGACUAAUUUUAUGUCCAUGUGAUAUAUUUUUUGGAGCGAUGCAUGUUUUACACACGAUAUACAAUGGUCAUACGAUAUAUGGUAUCAAAUAUGGUACAAAAUAUAGAUCCAAACACUCUUUUUGACGACUUUACUGAAGAUUUUUAUUCUAUAGAUAAAUAUUUUCGCUGAUUUGUGUGUGUGUACAAAUUUUCUAUA